AUGUAAAGCUGGCCAGACCGGAGACAAACGAUCGCUGACUGCUGUGAAGGCAAGUUGAGUGGAAGUGAAGAUCGUGAGUGUGUGUUUUUUUAGUUCGGGUCAGGUUUUUCCACUUCUGCCAAAGUGUGAAAUUGUGGAGGAAAGGUUUCCAGAAAGAUCUCGUACCAACGGAUGAUGUUGGAAAGUAGAAAAAUUCUACUGGUUGCCCUAGGCACAGCGCUGUGUCUGCUGUGUCUGGCGCAGUUCGCGUAUUCCUGCAACGAGAUGGUAUGUGCCAGUAUCGUGUCAAAGUGUAUGCUGACGCAGAGCUGCAAGUGCGAUAUGAAGAACUGUUCGUGCUGCAAGGAGUGCUCCGAGUGCCUGAGCUAUCUAUACACGGAGUGCUGUAGCUGUCUGGAAAUGUGUCCGAAACCGAACGAGACAACCAACGAGUUGAGUAAACAGUCGCACGUGGAAGAGCUGGAGGGCUUUCCAAAUCUAUUCAACGUGCUGACAUCGGAAGAGGACCCAGAGGAACGGUGGAAAAUUUUCACGUUCCCGAUAGAUUUCGAUGCGGCCCUGUACGGACCGAAUGCGGAGAGUGGAAUGAAGUAUCUGAUGCAUUCCAGCGACAACGAUUUGAAGCCUCGUUUCGAGGACCCUUCCAAAAUAACCGUCAACUGUACGGUCGCUUACAUGGCGCAGUGUAUGUCCUGGAACAAAUGCAAGGAAAGUUGUCUAACCAUGGGAUCUUCCAGCUAUCGAUGGUUCCACGAUGGAUGCUGUGAGUGCGUCGGACAGACGUGCAUCAACUACGGCAUCAAUGAUUCCCGCUGUCGGGAGUGUCCGGAAAACAAGGAUCAGGAUUUAGACGAAAUACCGAAUGAGGAUGAGCUGGAUUACGGGGAUGGAGUGGGACCGCUGGACAGUGGUGGCGUCGAGUCCACCAAUAUCUGAAUUUCUCUGGUGUUGACCCUGAUUGCGGCGGGAGUCGUACUGAUUGGAGGAAGAGAGUAGAGGAACGAAACAGUUUGUCGAGAGACGGUGGAAGAAGUCGCAGCGGGUCACUUUUGAGAGUCUGGUGAAAUGUGCCUUAUUAGUAGAGUUAUUUCUUGCCGGAGGAACGCAGCUGAUGUCGUUCAGAAUGUGUAUUAACGGAAAUUAAAGUAUUCUGAGUGUACUUGAGGAAAAGCAUUGUAGUUAAAUACGAAAAGUCGAUUUUUUAAACAUGAGGUGAUGUUCGUUACUUUUUUAUUUUACACGAGCAAACUAAUUUCGUUUGUGUUUAUGGUAGCAAAGGAAAUGAUCAAUCGCAAAGAAAAUCCGUAAAAAACUAAUAUUUAAGAUUUUUUGUAAAAUAAAAUAUAAGUUGUACACUGAUUUUUGGCGUAGGAUAACGUCCUUCUUUACAAUAUUGAGUAGGAUGUUAUUUAUAUUUUUGCAAAACGGGAACAUUAAUAAAUUUCUCCCAACUUAA